ACACUUCUACAUGCGGUAAUAAAGGUACAUUUCUCUUUUCAUACAAGUUUCAAAACUUCUAAAUACACACACAAUUUAAAUCUCGCGAAAUGUCGAAACGACGUAUCGAAGUGCUCGAUCCAUUCAUCAAAAAGAAACGCGAGGAACGAGGAAUAAGUACGGCAGUCACAGCACCGGCAACAACAAAUGCAUCUUAUAAUCCCUAUACGGGACUUCCAUACACCAACAAAUACCACGAACUGUUCCGCAAACGUAUUUCUCUACCAGUUUUUGAAUACAAGAAUGAGUUCAUGAAACAACUUGCUGAUAACCAAUGUAUAGUAUUAGUGGGCGAAACUGGUUCGGGGAAAACGACGCAAAUACCCCAAUGGUGUGUAGAAUACGCCAGAUCUGUUGGCAAAAAGGGAGUAUGUUGUACACAGCCAAGAAGAGUGGCUGCCAUGUCGGUGGCACAGAGAGUUUCAGAGGAAAUGGAUGUGGCCCUGGGACAGGAAGUGGGUUACAGUAUUCGUUUCGAGGACUGCUCCUCAGCAAAAACUAUUUUAAAAUACAUGACAGACGGUAUGUUACUGCGUGAGGGGAUGAGCGAUCCAAUGUUAGACGCCUACCAGUGUAUACUGCUCGAUGAGGCACACGAACGUACCCUCGCCACCGACAUCCUCAUGGGCGUUCUAAAAGAGGUUAUCAAGCAACGGAACGAUCUAAAGCUAGUUAUCAUGUCGGCCACCCUAGACGCUGGCAAGUUCCAGCAGUACUUCGAUAAUGCACCUUUAAUGAAUGUGCCCGGCAGAACGCACCCGGUAGAAAUAUUUUAUACGCCCGAACCGGAACGAGAUUACUUGGAGGCGGCCAUCCGUACGGUCAUCCAGAUUCACAUGUGCGAGGAAAUUGCCGGUGAUAUAUUGUUGUUUUUGACCGGUCAGGAAGAAAUCGAGGUGGCUUGCAAACGGAUCAAACGGGAGAUCGACAAUCUAGGACCAGAAGUUGGUGAAUUGAAAUGUAUUCCGUUGUACUCCACACUUCCGCCGAAUCUCCAACAGAGAAUUUUCGAGGAACCACCGCCGAACAAGCCCAACGGAGCCAUAGGCAGAAAAGUUGUCGUCUCGACCAACAUUGCCGAAACGUCCUUGACAAUUGACGGAGUCGUAUUCGUGAUCGAUCCCGGUUUCGCCAAACAGAAGGUAUACAACCCGCGGAUCCGUGUCGAGUCUCUCCUCGUCUCGCCAAUCAGCAAAGCCUCCGCCCAACAGAGGGCGGGUCGUGCCGGCCGUACCAAGCCGGGCAAAUGUUUCCGCCUCUACACCGAGAAGGCCUUCAAGAAUGAAAUGCAGGACAACACUUAUCCGGAAAUUCUACGUUCAAAUCUCGGUUCCGUCGUGCUACAAUUGAAAAAACUCGGCAUCGAUGAUCUCGUGCAUUUCGACUUUAUGGAUCCACCCGCACCGGAAACACUGAUGCGGGCACUCGAACUGCUCAACUAUCUGGCCGCUCUGGACGACGACGGCAAUCUGACUGAUUUGGGGGCGGUGAUGGCCGAGUUCCCGCUCGAUCCGCAACUGGCCAAAAUGCUCAUAGCCAGCUGCAACCACAACUGUUCCAACGAAAUUCUCUCCAUUACCGCUAUGUUAUCAGUCCCGCAGUGUUUCGUCCGACCAAACGAGGCGAAGAAGGCGGCCGACGACGCCAAGAUGCGGUUCGCUCACAUCGAUGGCGACCACUUGACUUUGCUCAACGUCUAUCACGCUUUUAAACAAAGUAUGGAGGAUCCUCAAUGGUGUUACGAUAAUUUCGUGAACUAUCGUUCACUGAAGUCGGCUGACAAUGUACGUCAACAACUCUCAAGAAUAAUGGAUAGGUUCAAUCUAAAGCGAACUUCCACAGAUUUCACAAGCAAAGAUUACUAUAUAAACAUCCGAAAGGCAUUGGUGAACGGCUUCUUCAUGCAGGUUGCACACUUAGAAAGAACAGGACACUAUUUGACCAUUAAGGACAACCAAAUUGUACAGCUUCAUCCAUCCACUUGUUUAGACCACAAACCCGAGUGGGUUAUCUAUAACGAAUUCGUUUUAACAACCAAAAAUUAUAUAAGAACAGUAACAGAUAUCAAACCGGAUUGGUUGUUGAAGAUAGCACCUCAGUAUUAUGAUCUCCAAAACUUCCCACAAUGCGAGGCCAAACGUCAACUAGAGAUCAUCCAGACACGAUUAGACUCGCGACAGUAUCAGCAAGGAUUUUAAUUGUUUUUUAUAUUAUUUGUUUAGUUAGCUGAUAUGUAUAAGGAGUUUAAUGUGUGUAAUUGAAGUAUACUGUUUCAUUCCACAAUGUUAUACAUUAUCCAAUACUAUGGUUUCCUCAAGCAUUAUGGAUAUAAUAAAAAGAAAAAAAAUC